AUGUUUUCUCGGAGGCUACUGCCUGUUGUAACAUCGGUGGCGAAGUCAUCGAUCCCUGAAUUCAAAAAUCCUUUCGUUAACAAUACAUUCACUUUAAUGACCUACAACAUGCUAUCACCAUACUACAUGUGGCCGCAAGUUUACACCUAUGUUCCUGAUAAAUACAAAGAUUGGAGAUAUCGCCACAAACUGCUCGAGAAGGAAAUUUUGACGGUUUAUAAGGCUGACAUUAUGUGUUUACAGGAAUUGACCACUAAAGAUUACAAUAGUUUCUGGGAGCCCCAACUGAAAUCGCAAAUCAACUACGGCAGCAAAUUCAUAGCAAAAACGCCGCCCAAGUACUGGAGCAGGCCUCUUAACGAAAUGGAUGGCGUGGGAAUAUUCUAUAAUCUCGACAAAUUUGAUUACAUCUCCUCAUCGAGCAUAUACUUGAACGAUUUAUUAGGUAUUUUCAGCAUAAAUGAAUUAAAAUAUCUCAAAAGUACCAAGAUAACACUUACAAAUGGAAUGGGUGAACCUGUAGGGGAAGAUAGCCUGUUAAAUGUUUUGCAUGGCCGAAAUCAGGUUUGUCUUUUCGUUUCGUUGCUGCACAGAGACACAAAAACUAUGAUUGUUGUGGUGAACACACAUUUAUAUUGGAAAUAUGAUGAGGUCAAACUUUCGCAAUGUUUAACAAUUAUGAGAAAGCUUAACCGCAUUAUUAAACAGUUGUUAAUGGGUAGAGAGGGUGCAACGUAUUCAAAAAUUAAGAUUCUUUUCACUGGUGAUCUUAAUUCGACUCCUGACUCCCUAGUUGUGAAGUUUUUGAAGGGAGAUGUCGUUAGCCAUGGAGGGUUAAAUCUUGUGAAUCCAUUGAGGCCCUACUUGAAUCAUUUUAUAUACCAGGAUACCUCGUCUGCCGACUUCGAACACACUUGCUACUCUGGAAAGCUGAAAGGAAUAUUUGACUAUGUAUGGUACCAUGAUACUGAUUUUAAGCUGAAAAGCAUAUUAAGUGGCAAAGAGGUCUCUGCAGAACUGCGACACCUAAAUCAGUUCGGACUGCCUAAUGAAAACCAUCCAAGCGAUCAUAUUCCCGUUCUAACGGAGUUUGAGAUUUUAAAGUGA